AUGUCGGAUCAGGAGCCACCACUCCGGCUGCUUUCGCUCGAUGGCGGUGGCAUCAGGGGGCUCUCGAGCCUUUAUAUCCUUAAAAAUCUGCUGGUGGCCGUCCAGAGAAAGGAGCCAGUGUCUGCUGGAGAGACUGCUUCUCCCCGACCAUGCGAUUACUUUGACAUGAUUGCUGGCACGUCAACUGGAGGACUCAUUGCUGUCAUGUUAGGAGUCCUCCGAAUGGACAUAGAGACUUGCAUAAAUGCAUAUCUGAGUAUGGCUCCAGAGAUAUUCCCCGUUGAAGGUAUGGUAUCGAAAAGCUUUUUUGGCAAGGCCAAAAAUGCCCUGAGAGGCGACCAACGCUUCGAUCCAGCACCUUUUGAAGCCGCUAUCAAACGUCUUGUGAAAGAGAAUCUUGGAAAUAAUGCAACGGGGAAUGAGAUGAUGCGAUCUCAAUCUAGUCAGGGGUGCAGAGUUUUUGUUUGCGUGGUUUCCGAAGAACCCCGCCGUGCAUUCCGAUUCCGCAAUUACGAAAGCCCCAGGGUUGUAUCUGAAGAUAUGACAAUCUGGGAGGCCUGCCUCGCUACAUCCGCAGCACCCAGUUAUUUUCCACCAGUCUCAAUCGGCAAUCCUCCUCGAACGUUUGUGGAUGGCGGUCUAGGAUACAACAACCCCACGCAGGCACUUCGCGAGGAGACGAUGCACAUUUGGCCCUCGAGGAGUGUAGGUUGCAUUGUCAGUAUCGGAACGGGGGUGAUGGGUUCUCACGAUGUUGGGAGAACGAUCAAACCUUUGUUCGAGACACUCCAGGACAUCUCCAGUGACACUGAGGAGGUGGCUCAAGAGGUCAAAGAGGAAAUGGAACACCGAUAUCCGGACCAGGACAUCUAUUUUCGCUUCAAUGUACAGCAGGGCCUGCAGACUGUGGGUCUAGAGGAGUGGAAGGACAUGGGAAGGGUGAAGACGGUCACUGAGGAUUACCUUAAAUUAGAUUGGAAGCAGGUGACGGCCUGCGCUUCUCAGAUCCUUUCUCUAACUCAUGCAACUUUUUUAAAACCUGUUCGAGGGAGUGUGAGGACUUUUUCGACCGUUCCAUUCUCGAAAGAUCCUGGGUUUGUUGGUCGCGAGGACAUCCUGGCACAGCUUGAGUCCGAAUUUGCGAACCCAAUAUCACAAAGUUGGGCGUCGCUGUAUGGUCUCGGUGGCAUAGGAAAAUCGCAAAUUGCCAUCGAAUACUCAUAUCGACAAAAAGAGCGGUUGCCUGAGAUCUCGACUUUCUGGGUCCAUGCGAGCGACAAGGCGAGGUUCGAACAGUCAUAUACAGAAAUCGCCACGACAGUAGAGAUUCCUGGGACUGGAGACGGCAAGGUCGACAUUCUCCAGUUGGUGUCCAAAUGGCUCGCAAAUCCGGACAAUGGUCGAUGGCUGUUGAUCCUCGACAAUGCGGACGACGCUACCGUGUUAUUGCACCUACCAGAACGAGAUCCUGAGACUGGCGCAACGUCUGUGCAGCGCCGCUUGCUGGAUUUCUUGCCGCGAGUGCAACACGGGGCUGUGCUCAUCACGACUCGCGAUCGCACUUGUGCGCUAGAUCUAAAUGGACACAACGGCACGCCCAUAGAAGUGCGACCGAUGAGUACAGAUGAAGCUGUCGGCCUGCUUCGGAACAGAUUGCCAGAUGCCACUGAAGAGGAAGCUUCUGAACUUGUGGCAGAGUUGGAGAGGGUGCCUCUCGCCAUCUCCCAGGCUAGUGCGUACAUCAAAGCGGUUUCCCAGGUUUCAAUAUCCAUAUACCUCAAGAAAUUCCGUCGCAGUAAUGAGGACCAAGCCACUCUGCUUAACAAGGGCAAAGGGGACUUGAGGCGAGAUCCAGCGGUACCAAAUGCAGUGAUAACAUCCUGGGAGUUGUCCUUCCGCCAGAUGCGUGAAAAGAGCCCAGGCUCAGCUGAUUUGUUAUCGCUUAUGUCGUAUAUCAAUCGGCAAGGUAUCCCACAGUUUCUGCUACAAAGAGAUGAUGACGAUGUUUCUUUCUACGAGGAAAUUGAUCCUCUCAUUAGCUUCUCUCUGAUCCGCGCAGAAAGCAGAGAGAAUGUAUUCGAGAUGCACAGACUUGUGCAGACAGCAAUGCGGCAUUGGCUUCGUAGCGAAGGUUGUGACCAAUUAUGGAAGGAGAGUGCGAUUGAGCGGGUGGCGCAUCGAUUUCCAACUGGAAACCAAGAGCAACAUUGGCCGGUCUGCGAAGGCUUAAUGUCUCACGCAGACGAGGUGAUACUUCACACGGCUAGCUCCCAAAAAUCUCGAUUAAGUCGCGCGGAUAUACUGGCACGCACGGCCUGGUAUCUAGUCGAAAGGAAAGGGCAUGGCGGACUUGCGGAACAAAGAUCGACAGAUGCGCUUCAAAUUCUGCGAGAAUACUUUGAUGACGACUCAGACGAAAUCCUCAAUACCAUGAGCAUAUUGGCUAGCGCUCAGUCUGCACUUCUCAAAACGGAAGAGGCGAGAGAUCUCCUGAAGUUCAUAUUGAGGCAAAGACGGGAAAAGUGGGGGUCGGAGGACGAAAGGACUUUAACCUCCAUGCACAAUCUUGCUGAGUCACAUCGAGAAUUAGGGGAGUAUGAAAAGGCCGCGGAUCUACUGAAACACGUGUUCGAAGUAAGAGAAAGGUUAUUAGAUCCGGGAGAUCCGCGUCUCUUGGCCUCUGGAAAUGGACUAGCGGCUGCCCAAUUCAACCAAGGCAAAUACGAAGACGCUGAGAAGCUGAGUAAGAGAUUGUUGGAGAUGAGUACAAAAUAUCAUGGAUUCGAGUAUAUACACACUCUCGAUGCAAUGGAAAACCUAUCUCGUGCAUAUUUGCAACAGAACAAACUCGAAGAAGCCGAGAAGCGGAGCGUUCAAGCUAUUCCAAUCUGCAUCAAACUCUUCGGCCCUAGUCAUUGGAGGACUCUUGACGCUCGAAGACUCUUGGCUGACAUCUAUUACCGUCAAAAGAAGCUGGAUGAGGCGCAAGAAAUCUGCAUAUCAUGUCUCGAUACGGCGCAAGAAAUUUAUGGCGCGGAAGAUGAAACGACUGCAAAUACCAGCAAUCUCCUCGGCUUGGUCUAUCGAGGUCAAGGAAGGUUCGUUGACGCAUCAAGGCUCUUGAAGGAUGCUGCGGAGACGUAUCGGAAAGUCUUCGGGUCUGAUCACCCAUAUACGUUGAUUCAAUUGUCCAAUCUUGCUCUUUGCUACUAUGAUAUGGGGGACAAGGUUCAAGCCAUUGAGUUGAUGACCGAUGUGCUUGAUAAGCGGAAAGAAGUCUUUCACGCCAAUCACCCCUAUACUAUCUGGUCUGCCGAAGACUUGGCACGUUGGAAGGGCGAGGAAGAGGGGAGCGAGGAAUGGGAGACCGAGGAAGAGGGGAGCGAGGAAGAGGGGAGCGAGGAAGAGGGGAGCGAGGAAGUGGGGAACGAGAAAGAGGGGAACGAGAAAGAGGGGAACGACGAAGGCAUGCGUGAACAACUCGGUAGGAUCCAAAUCUCCACGCCAGCGACCCAAGAAGCUGGGCCAAGAUGA